AUGGCUUCAGUGCAGCCUUUGCACAUUUCACACCUGCUGGGAAGGAAGUCCGAGGCCUCCUCCCCAUGGAGGCGCCAGGCGGCUCUGCAGGCUCAGCCCACCGGCCUCCUCCGCAGCCUGGCCAACAUCCCUCUGACUCCGGAGACGCAGCGGGACCAGGAGCGGCGGAUACGCAGGGAGAUCGCCAACAGCAACGAGCGGCGGCGCAUGCAGAGCAUCAAUGCCGGCUUCCAGUCCCUGAAGACCCUCAUCCCCCACACAGACGGGGAGAAGCUCAGCAAGGCAGCCAUCCUGCAGCAGACGGCGGAGUACAUCUUCUCUCUGGAGCAGGAGAAGACCCGGCUCCUCCAGCAGAACGCUCAGCUCAAGCGCUUCAUCCAGGAGUUCAGCGGCUCCUCCCCGAAGCGGCGGCGGGCCGAGGACAAAGACGAGGGCAUCGGGUCGCCGGACAUCUGGGAAGACGAGAAGGCCGAGGACCUGCGCCGGGAGAUGAUUGAGCUGCGGCAGCAGCUGGAGAAGGAGCGCUCCGUCCGGAUGAUGCUGGAGGAGCAGGUCCGCUCUCUGGAGGCCCACAUGUACCCCGAGAAGCUGAAGGUGAUCGCUCAGCAGGUGCAGAUCCAGCAGCAGCACGAGCAGGCCAGGGAGCAGCAGAACCACGCCCAGCUCCUGCCCGUGCACGGCCCUCCGGCGCCCACCCACCACCCGACCGUGAUCGUGCCAGCCCCGCCGCCCUCCCACCACGUCACGGUGGUCACCAUGGGCCCCUCCUCCGUGAUCAACACUAUCUCCACAUCCCGGCAGAAUCUGGAUACCAUCGUGCAGGCCAUCCAGCACAUUGAGGGGACGCAGGAGGAGGAGCAGCGGCGUGCCGUCAUCGUCACCCCCAUCCGGGCGAGCCUCGACCCCCCCUCCAACUCGGACACAGCCUCCGACUCGGAAGCAGAGGACAGCGAGGACGCCAUGGAGCACAGCAAGGCCGAGAGGCCCUGACCCCGGCCUGGCGACAGGGGGAGAAGGGCGGGGGGGGGACUUCAGGGGAGUAUGCCGAGAUUUUUACAAAAUACCAUGAAAUUCGGGUCUCUUUUAUGACCCUUCAAUACUGUACACGGGAGCGCUAGAACCU